AGUACAACCACAAUAUUCAAAAUAUGUUUAAAUUGGUAACUUUUGUGGCGCUCGUCGCUUCAGCUCUGGCUGUCCCAGCUCCUGAACCACAACCAGCUCCUAAACCUGGUUUAAUCGCUACCUCAUACACUGCACCACUUGUCUCAUCUGUCCCAUUGGCUUACAAUGCUCCUCUGGCUUACAACUACAGAUACUAUGGAUAUAACGCUCCUGCUGGAUACACUUAUUCUCCAUAUUCUUCAUACAUUGUCUAGAUGAAAUAACAUAUGUAUAAAAAUAAAUUGAUUUUUAACUGAAAUACUUUUUCUUCCAUUAUUAAUUUUUUUGGCGAUAUAGAUUUAUUUAUAUAAUAUUAUUAUAUAUUUACAAUAAAAUUAUGUAUUUAAUAUACAA